AGCGAGGAACCGAGCAAACACCUCAGCUUCUCGAUUCAGCAAUGAUUCUGAUGGUGUUCCGGGUAGUCGGCGUGGUACCAAAGCGCUCGUGCCGAAGAAACACGUGCUCUUGCGAUGCUUUACUCCUGGGUUCCUGCGGGCGGAUCAAGUGUUCGAUGUGCACAUCAGCACGUAUUCCACGGACCCCAGACAACUGCAAGUUAGGCGAAUAAAGGCAUAUUUGCGCCAAAAUGUGAUGUACAAGCACGAGAAGGAACCCAUUCUGUACAGCACCGUGAUUGCACACGACAAACUAAAGCCUAAGGCAAGUAUUCUGUUUCCACAACCCGCCGAGAACGAAUUCAAAAUGACCAUCAAUCCCGCCAAAACGCGAUGGCGUGAUGAAUUCCUCAACUUCACGGGAGAAGCCACGAAGAGCAGCAUACCAGUAGCCACCGGAAUCGUGUCCGAUAAAUUAAAUCGGACGCUUCUAAGUGUCGACUAUACAAUUGAGAUACACGUGUCUAUCUUGGGAGGUACAAAGAUAGCCAAGAGUGUGCCGGUGGUACUCGAAAGCCCGUCGGUGGGUAUGGUGCUGUCGAGUGAGAAUCGUGUGGCGGUGCAAGAUUUGCCCGACGAGGCCGUUCGAGAACCAGAAUUAGUCGAAGAGAUGGACUCUAGUGACGAGGAAUUAACGGAUGAAGAGUUAGACGAUGAUGAAUACGAGCGUCUACAGAAGGAAGCCUUCGGUCAACCCCAAUGCAAUAGUCCAGCGAAUAAGAGCAAAUCUGCCUCACACCACAAGCUGAAUGCAUCAAAGGGUGACAGCAGUAUGCGGUCGAGAGCGCUCUCAUCGCCUCCUGUAUCUCCGCACUACGAUGGUCGGAGCGGUAGCGGCGACACAGCUGUGCGAAGGGACUCGUUGCCCGUAUCUCCAUCCCUGGAAGAUUCACAAGGCAACGGCACCGGCACCGAACAAGACGCACAUACAACACAUACAACAACUCUUGUUCGCAUGCAAAGUUCUUCGCCGGGCACCUCGCAGACGAUCGCGCACAGACAGAAUAGUAUUCAGACUGGCUCUCAGUUGGUCUCUGAGGCCCAGCGCGUGCCUCUGCCCGCCGUGAGUGUGGGGGCUAUCGUCCCGCCGUCUUACGAGAAUCUGAAUGAAACUAGUACGCCCGCAAUAAACACGAUGUCCGUGAGGAGUAGGAGUGAGCAGCUCGCAGCCAAAUUCACGAGGACAAAGAAACGAGAGAAAGAAAAAGAAAAGGAGAAAAAGAAGGGGGGGUUAAACGCUGGUGGUGCAUCGAGUGGUAGUGGUCACUCUGGCGACGUACCGGCCUCGCAGACCAGUACAAACCCCCCGGGGAAGCAUGUAAAAUUCAUGAAGAAAUUGAGAGCUAGAGCGACGACCAGAAAUCAAACAAGUUCCAGCUCUAGUCCGACCGUGCAAAGGAACGCUUCUAUGGCACGAACUCGUUCAAGCGGGCUUCCACGGAGCCAGCUAUCGGUUACAAAUGAGAAUGGGGACGUAGAGGGAGUCGAUGAGCAUGGUUUGCCAAGGUAUUCUAUGAUUAGUACUGCGGCCGCUCUAUUGAAUACCGAAGACAGUCGCAACAGCACGAGGGAACUAUAACUAGUUAGUACAUGGUACCCUUAAUGCCGGUGAGAGGUAAAUUAGUUAUAAAUUUGUAAUAUAGUUUGGCCUGAAAAGUGCUACAUAUUACUAGCUUCGCUAGGUUUCCAUGAAGUUCAAUAUUCUUAAAUUACGAAUAAGUAAAUGGGAUAGAGUUAUCGUG